AAAUUGCUAAUCUUUUUAAAGAAGUGAACUUUGAAUCAACUCGUCCAAAUGCACGAAUAUCAUUCAAACUAGUUUACAUUGAUAAUUUGCGUGGAAAAUAUGCAUUCAAAGAUUUGGGUACGGUUCAUAAUAUGACAUCAACUUCUGAUGAUGACAUAAAUCUUGACGAUGCAAGAUUUGUUAUCGGAGACUUUUUGGAUGUGGGUGUUUUCCAUGGUGCACCUCCACGAGCUCCUGAAAGACGAGGCAAGAACGGGAUCGGGCAAGGAACAGCUAUCGUAGUGUCGGAAACGAUCGUCGUGAUAGGGAUCGAGAACGUGACAGAAAUAAUGAUAGAAGGGACGAUCGAAGAGAUAGUAAUUUUAGGGAUAGAAGACGAUAAAAAUUCCCCAAGUUUCUUUCAAAAGAUACUCAUAUCACCUGAUUUAUAUUGA